GCGGGGCGUGGGGGCGGUGGCGGCGACGGCCAAGGCCGAGACCGAGGCGGCGGAGGCUGAGGCGAAGGCGGCGGCUCCGUACCCCGUGACGGUGCUCCGUCGGACCCCGUUCCGGGCCCCAUGGAGGCGGCGGCGGGCGGGGGCUGCGGCUCCGGGCCGCCGCUGCUGCUGAGCGAGGGCGAGCAGCAGUGUUACUCCGAGCUCUUCGCGCGUUGCGCCGGCGCCGCAGGCGGGGGCCCGGUGUCCGGGCCCCCUGAGGCCGGCAGGGCCGUCCCUGGCGCGGUCACCGCAGCCGCGGGCACCGUGGCCGACCUCUUCCGGGCGUCGCAGCUGUCCGCCGAGACGUUGCACCAGAUCACAGAACUGUGUGGUGCAAAGCGAGUUGGUUAUUUUGGUCCAACACAGUUUUACAUUGCCUUAAAACUGAUUGCUGCAGCACAGUCUGGCCUCCCUGUACGGAUAGAGAGUAUUAAAUGUGAACUGCCACUGCCUCGCUUUAUGAUGUCGAAGACCGACGCUGAGAUACGAUUCGGGAACCCGGCUGAGCUUCAUGGGCCCAAGUCUCAGAUUCCGUAUUCAGUCACAGAAAAAAACACCUUCAAGAGAAUGGACGAUGAGGAUAAGCAGCAGGAAACACAGUCUCCCACGAUGUCACCCCUCGCCUCCCCUCCUUCUUCCCCGCCUCAUUACCAGAGGGUGCCCUUGAGCCAUGGCUACAGCAAACUGCGGAGCAGCACGGAGCAGAUGCAUCCAGCUCCUUAUGAAGCUAGACAGCCCCUUGUCCAGCCUGAAGGAUCCUCGUCGGGGGCCCCUGGAGCCAAGCCCCCUCGGCAUCAAGCUUCCCUUAUUCGGUCCUUCUCCGUGGAGAGAGAACCACAUGAUAACAGCAGUAAUUACCCGGAGGAACCCUGGAGGAUAACAGAAGAACAGCGCGAGUACUACAUCAAUCAGUUCCGAUCCCUUCAGCCUGACCCGAGUUCCUUCAUUUCAGGUUCUGUGGCCAAGAACUUCUUCACCAAAUCAAAGCUUUCCAUUCCAGAACUCUCCUACAUAUGGGAACUUAGUGAUGCUGACUGUGAUGGAGCCCUGACCCUGCCUGAGUUCUGUGCCGCGUUUCAUCUCAUCGUGGCUCGGAAAAACGGCUACCCACUGCCCGAGGGCCUGCCUCCAACUCUGCAGCCAGAGUACCUGCAAGCAGCCUUUCCUAAGCCCAAGCGGGAGUGCACACUAUUUGAUUCUUAUUCUGAGUCAAUGCCUGCGAACCAACAACCCCGUGACUUGAAUCGGAUGGAGAAGCUAUCUAUUAAAGACAUGGCUGACUUUCCUGUUCCAGCCCAAGAUGUGACCAGUGAUGACAAACAAGAACAAAACAAAGCACGUGUAGCUUUGAAAAGUACUGUGGAUGAAGCCUUGCCAAAGGAUAUGUCUGAGGAUCCAGCCACUUCUAAGGAUUCCAACAGUCUCAAAGCAAGACCAAGAUCCAGAUCUUACUCUAGCACCUCCAUAGAAGAGGCCAUGAAAAGGGGCGAGGACCCUCCCACCCCGCCACCGCGGCCACAGAAAACCCAUUCCAGAGCUUCCUCCUUGGAUCUGAAUAAAGUCUUCCAGCCCAGUGUGCCAGCUACUAAGUCAGGAUUGUUACCUCCACCACCUGCGCUCCCUCCAAGACCUUGUCCAUCACAGUCUGAACAAGCGUCUGAGACCGAAAUACACCCCCAGCUGAACAGAACCCCCUCUCAAGCUGCAGACAGUAGUCCAACCAAGAAGGACAUACCAUAUUCUCAGCCUCCAUCAAAGCCCAUCCGAAGGAAAUUCCGACCUGAAAACUCAGCUACAGAAAACCAAGAGCCUUCUAGCACUGUUGGCGGGCCAGCGUCUGCAGCGACUGGGAAACCCCACACAGCAGUCCAAAAACAGUCUUCCAAACAGAAGAAGGCAAUUCAGACUGCUAUCCGCAAAAAUAAAGAGGCAAAUGCAGUGCUGGCCCGGCUGAACAGUGAACUCCAGCAGCAGCUCAAGGAGGUUCAUCAAGAACGGAUUGCAUUGGAAAAUCAGUUGGAACAACUUCGUCCAGUCACUGUGUUGUAACCCCCAAGAUUCAAGUAACAGUGGGUGACUUUUUCUGCCAAGAUAUUUCCUUUGAAUAUUUCAACCCAACUAAUUGUCAUAGAGAUGUCCAAGACUGUGUGAAAAACUGCAAGCCGCGGAAUAUAAUCCACAUUUCCUUUUCUCUUGUACGUCCCUUAGACAUUUUACUCUGGUGGAAAAAAUACAACUGAUUAUCACACUUGAAACUGUAAUUUCAGUGGAAUUUAUCUUCCAUUCUUAAGUACUUCCUCAAGUUGUUAGAUGUUGCUCCUUACCAAAAACCAAUCUUCUAGCAAUUAAAAACAAGUAGAGCAUUAUUUAUUUAAAGAAUUUAUGAUUUGUAUAAAAUAUCAAUACCUAGUACCUUCAGGAUGCUUGUUUUAUUUUUGUAUGUAUAUCAAAUACAGUAGGUUGGUUUCCUGAAUAAUUGGGAUUCCAACUGGAUAGUCUUUGGCAUGAUGAUAAUAAAAGUGAAAACUAAAACAAGAACAUCAGAUUUAGACAGGCACUGUGCCCUCUGCCACCAUAUGCCAAAAAUUGCUUCUCUAGUGCCAUUUGGACAUUGUAUCUAGCUAUAAAUAAUACAUAACUAUUGUUUUCUGUUGAAUGACAGAGAUUUAUUGGGUCUUUGCACCUCUGUAAAGUGGAAGUUUUGUCAAAGAUCUAUUUACCUUGGCCCAGCUAGGCCAUCAACUCCUAGAACUCAGUCCUUUCAUGUCAAUUUUUGGGCAAGAGCAGUCUGCUUUAAUCGCCUCACCUGAUCAAAUUAAAUAAAUAGUUGUCAGAUCUCUACUUUUAUCCUGCAUGGGAUACCACGUCUGUGAAUGCAUGAUUUUGGAGACCACACAUCAGAUGUGAAAGGCUGAAGAGACUGUUUGGACUGAUCAAUAUUUGUUGCUUGAACCCAGGUACCCACCCUGGAGAAGAAGGGGAAAUGGUGGUUACCAGCAAUCCAACAACUCUGGUAGUUAUUUUUGUCUUUGUUAUUUUAACACGGAUUGUGAUUGUAUUGAGUAUGAAGGAAUAAUGAAAGAAAACUGAUCUUCACUCUGGAUAUACAACUGUUUGUUCUCUGUGAAGUCUACCUUGGGAAGUGAUUGGUUUAUGCACUGACUAGCGGAGCCCAGCUGUCUCCAGUGUAUGUGAUGUAAGACCGUGAGCUCAAAUCACACGAGCCAGUAUGCUGUAGAAGUUUUGGUCACCCGCUCCUCCUGAAAGCCCAAGGUGAAAGUGGGAAGUGAGUGACCCCACAGGGAUCAGGGCAUGCCCACUCUCACAUCACUUUGAGAGACUGAUUACAAGAAAUGCUCUCUCUUGUGCAUUUUGCUAAUUUACCCAUUCUUAGAGUGGAGGUGUGGGGUGUGCCUGGGGUCCUUUUUGAGGUGGUUUAGGAUAAGGGAUUAAGCCUUUGGUUGCCAUAGAGUUGACAGCUUUUAGAAUAAGGAGGUGUUUAUUUAAUGCUCCCUUAUUUUAUUUGCAAGCUUUAUCAAUGGCUUAAUGGUAGAAGAGAAAGGCUCAAGCAGAUGUUUUCCCA